GAUGGUGGCGAUGGCCCCACACACGCUGCUCCUGCUAAUGGCGGCCGCCCUGGCCCCGACCCUGACCCGCGCGGGCUCGCACUCGCUGCGGUAUUUCCACACCGCCGUGUCCCGGCCCGGCCUCGGGCAGCCCCGGUUCAUCUCUGUCGGCUACGUGGACGACACGCAGUUCGUGCGCUACGACAGCGACGCGGAGACUCCGAAGAUGGAGCCGCGGGCCCCGUGGAUGGAGCAGGAGGGGCCGGAGUAUUGGGAGAGGCAGACACAGAUCGCCAAGAACAACGAGCAGAUUUACCGAGGGAACCUGAGGACCGCGCUCCGCUACUACAACCAGAGCGAGGGCGGCUCUCACACCAUCCAAUGGAUGUACGGCUGUGAGGUGGGGUCGGACGGGCGCCUACUCCGCGGGUACCGUCAGGAAGCCUACGACGGCCGCGAUUACAUCGCCCUGAACGAGGACCUGACGUCGUGGGCGGCGGCGGACGUGGCGGCGCAGAUCACCAAGCGGAAGUGGGAGCAGGAUGGGGAGGCAGAGAGAUACAAGGCCUACGUGGAGGACGAGUGCGUGCCCUGGCUGCGCAGAUACCUGGAGACCGGGAAGGACGCGCUGCUGCGCAUAGAUCCCCCAAAGGCACAUGUGACCCAUCAUCCUGGAUCUAAUGGUGAUGUCACCCUGAGGUGCUGGGCCCUGGGCUUCUACCCUGCCUUCAUCACCCUGAGCUGGCAGAGGGAGGAGGAGGAACAGACUCAGGAUAUGGAGCUGGUGGAGACCAGACCUUCUGGGGAUGGAACCUUCCAGAAGUGGGCAUCUCUGGUGGUGCCUUCUGGGGAGGAGCACAAAUACACAUGCCAUGUGCACCAUGAGGGGCUGCCUGAGCCCCUGACCCUAAGAUGGGAGCCUCCUCAGUCCACGGUCCUCAUCAUGGCAGUCAUUGCUGGUCUGGUUCUCCUUGGAGCUGUGACCAUCAUUGGAACUGUGGCCAAUGGAGCUGUGGUGGCUGUUGUGAAGAAGAGGAUGAGAAGCAAAGGUGGAAAAGGAGGCAACUAUGCUCCAGCUCCAGCGUGAAUACAGCUGCCUGGUGUGGAUGGAUGUGUUGAGGUCUCUCCUGUGACAUCCAGAGCCUGUUGCAGGAGCAUAUCUUUGUCCUGGAAUAACUCUGCAGACCAGUCUGUCCUUGAACUCUCAGAGAUAUCUGUCAGUCUCUGCCUCCAAGAAGGAAGUCACAGACUUCAAUCUACCUCUGCCUCCCAAGUGCUGGGAUUAAAGGUGUGUACCACCACACCCAAUUACUCCCUUUUUUCUUUUUUACUUUUAAGAACUUUAACCUUGGGGCUGGAGAGAUGGCUCAGUGGUUAAGAGCAUUGCCUGCUCUUCCAAAGGUCCUGACUUCAAUUCCCGGCAACCACAUGGUGGCUCACAACCAUCUGUAAUGAGGUCUGGUGCCCUCUUCAGGCCUGCAGGCAUACACACAGAAUAUUGUAUACA